AUGUAUCGUAUGAUUAAUAUAGAUGAGAGUCAAAGAAAUAUCCAAAGAAUUUUAUGGAAAGAGGGAGCUAAUGAGCCCGUUAAAACGUAUCAUCUAAAUACGGUUACCUACGGAACGGUUAGUGCUCCAUAUCUAGCCAUGAGAACACUUAAACAAAUUUCCAUUGACGAGGGAAAAAACUUUCCAAGUGCUGCAUCAGUCUUGUGUCAUGACUUUUAUAUGGGCGACGUUUUAAGUGGAGCGAGUACAUUGGAAGAGACAAAAACUUUGCAACAUCAACUUGUUGGCAUUCUAAAAACCGCCCAGAUGUCAUUACACAAGUGGUGUGGAAAUACUUCUAAGUUUAUUUCUGAUACGGAGAAAGAGUAUGAGUUCUCAUCUACGGAUGAAAUUAAGACUUUAGGAAUUUCAUGGAAAUCUAAAACUGACUGCUUUACCUUUAAAGUAGAUUUACAGCAUAAUGCCCAUCCUAUCAAAAGGUCGGUUUUAUCCAUUAUCGCCAGACUUUUUGAUCCACUUGGAUUACUUGGGCCAGUGAUCACGAAGGCAAAAAUAUUCAUGCAACAAUUGUGGUUGCUCAAGAUUGAUUGGGGUGAAAUGCUUCCCGCGAAAGAAGCUGGUGAAUGGCAAGAGUUUGUAACAUCUUUAACAAACUUAAAUGACAUUAACAUAGAAAGAUGUAUUGUUAUUCCAAACGCGGAAGUGAAUGAGCUUCAUGGAUUCUGUGACUCGUCUGAAAAGGCAUAUGGUGCUGCAGUCUACGCCAGAACAGUCAAUUCAGCGGGUGAAGUGAAAGUGAAGCUAAUCGCGAGUAAAUCUCGUGUGUCACGAAUCAAGCAGGUAACUAUACCUCGUUUAGAGUUAUGCAGUGCCGUUCUACUCACCAAAUUGAUGCAGAAGGUAAAAAAUGCAUUAAAAAUGGAUAUUACGUCAGUAUUAUAUUAUUCAGAUUCUACAAUCGUGCUUUCGUGGAUCAGAAAAGAGUCACGAGACUUAAAAACAUUUGUUGCAAACAGAGUGGCUAUUAUUCAAGAAUCCACAGAACUGAAUCAGUGGCAUCAUGUUCCUUCCGAACAAAGUCCCGUCAUUUCAAGGGAACUUGAUCCAACGAGAAUGCAACUAAGUGAUUUAUGGUGA